UGUCUAUUGCCUAGAAGGCAGGGCCGUGGGAGGAGUACGUAUUUUGUAGAUGUGAUUGGCUGGCGCCUUUUCGUGUUGGCGCGGGAGAGUAAGAGCUUCUGUGUGUGUGUAUAUAUAAAUUUCCGGGUGCUGCUGGGGCAGCAGUCGCACAGCUGAGAUAUGGAUGCCAGGACUACCAAUCCUGCUGCAGUGACCUUUCCUUUCCCUUUUGAGCCGUACCCAAUCCAAGAGCAGUUCAUGACGGAACUUUAUCAAGCAUUGGAGGCUGGCAAGGUUGGCAUUUUUGAGAGUCCAACAGGAACGGGAAAAUCUCUGAGUCUGAUCUGCGGGGCCCUGACCUGGCUUCAGGAUUUUGAGGAGAGAAAGAGACAAGAAGAGGCUCAAACACUUUCUGCAGCAGAAACUGAGACAAAAGAUAAAGACCCACUAGUCUCCACAGAACUGGAUUGGAUCACUCAGUUCGUACAAAAGAAAGAGGAGAUGGAUAUGAAGAACAAGAUAAAGGAGGAACAUCUGCGGAGAAAAAGGAGAGAGGAGCGUUUGGAACAAAUGAGACACAAUGUUCAGCUGAAGUUCGCUUCAAAGAGGAAGAGGGAGGAAGAGGAUGAGACAAUGCGCCUUCUGCAGCUCAGUCAGCAGAUACUUUCCGGUGGAGGGGAGAAGGAAGCAAUUGAACUGGAUAAGGAAGAAGAAGGACUGCUCCUUGCUGAAUAUGAAAGUGAUGAGGAGACAAAGAAAGGGCCAGAGAUUGAGGAAGAAGAGGAUUUGGAAGAAGAACAUGUGACCAAGAUUUACUACUGCAGUCGAACACACUCACAGCUCUCCCAGUUUGUUCAUGAAGUUCAGAAGAGUCCAUUUGGCAAGCAGACAAGGCUGGUGUCUCUUGGAUCUCGACAGAAUAUGUGUGUCAAUGAAGAUGUUCGGAGGCUGGGAACUGUGCAGCUUAUCAAUGAUCGGUGCAUGGAGAUGCAAAAGAACAAACAUGAGAAGAAAACCGAGGAGCCAGAAGGGAAGAAAAAGCGGGAGAGCCGCGCCAUGUGUCCAUUCUAUUGCUAUGAGCAAAUGCAGUUCUUACGAGACGAGACAUUAGUUGAAGUUAAGGAUAUUGAGCAGCUGGUGUCUCUGGCCCGGGAGUUGAAAGCAUGUCCUUACUAUUCAAGCCGCUAUGCCAUACCAGCUGCACAGGUUGUGGUUCUGCCGUAUCAAAUGCUCCUCCAUGAAUUAACAAGGAAAGCUUCAGGAAUCAAACUGAAGGAUCAGGUGGUGAUUAUUGACGAAGCUCAUAAUCUGAUUGAUACCAUCACUUGCAUUCACAGUUCUCAGGUAUCGGGUGCUCAGCUGUGCCAGGCUCACUCCCAGCUGACGCAGUACAUGGACAGAUACAGGAGCCGUCUCAAAGCCAAAAAUCUCAUGUAUGUAAAGCAGAUUCUGUUCCUUCUGGAGAAGUUUGUGCAGGUUAUGGGAGGUAAUGUCAAACAGAACCCCUGCUUUCAGAAGGUGCCUCAGGAUGGAACCACACUGAAAUCUAUCAACGACUUUCUGUUUCACAGUCAGAUCGACAACAUCAAUUUGUUCAAGGUCCAACGAUACUGCAUGAAAAGCAUGAUUAGUAGGAAGCUUUUUGGAUUCGUGGAAAAAUUUAAAGGGACAGAAACUUGUCUUUCGAUCAAAGAGAGACAAAAAGCAGGAGGCCUUCAGCAGUUUCUGCAGGAUCUCAACCAAAAGUCACGGCAUGCAGCUGAUGCACCUGUGGGGGUCCUCGAAGAUGCAGAGAUUGGGCAACCUCGAACAGCGUCUCCCCUCAUGCAGAUUGAAGGAUUCCUCUCUGCGCUAACCAAUGCCAACCAGGAUGGCAGAGUCAUCUUACAGCUGCAAGGUACUGUGGCUCAGAGCAGCCUGAAGUUCCUAAUGCUGAAUCCAGCAGUGCAUUUUGCUGAGGUCCUCAAAGAGUGUCGAUCUGUCAUCAUUGCGGGAGGAACCAUGCAGCCGGUUUCAGAUUUUAAACAGCAGCUGCUUAUUUCAGCCAGUCUGAGCCCAGAGAAGAUCACAGAGUUUUCCUGCGGUCAUGUAAUCCCUGCUGAAAAUAUACUACCCAUAGUGCUUUGUAGUGGGCCAACCAAUCAGCAGCUAGAAUUCACCUAUCAAAAGAGAGAUUUACCUGAGAUGAUGGAUGAAACUGGUCGAAUCCUUACAAACCUGUGCAACGUUGUUCCUGGUGGGCUUGUCUGCUUCUUUCCCUCCUAUGAUUACCAGAAACAUAUUCAGGAGCACUGGGAAAAGUCAGGGCUGUUAAAACGACUGGCUUUAAAGAAAAAGAUAUUUCAGGAACCUAAGCGAGCAAAUCAGUUGGAUCAGGUUUUGGCUGAAUAUUCCAAAUGCAUCAAGAACUGCCGUCAGUUUGGGGGAGCCUUAAAUGGAGCCUUGCUCUUCUCUGUGGUUGGAGGGAAAAUGAGCGAAGGGAUUAACUUCUCUGAUGACCUGGGCAGGUGUGUUGUGAUGGUGGGAAUGCCUUAUCCAAACAUCCGAUCCCCAGAGCUUCAAGAGAAGAUGUCCUAUCUAGAUAAAACCCUGCCCAAGACAGAGGGAGUAUCUGCAGGCAGAGUCCUCAUUGAGAAUCUUUGCAUGAAAGCUGUGAAUCAGUCUAUUGGAAGAGCCAUCCGACACCGCAGGGAUUAUGCCAGCAUUGUGCUGUUAGAUCACAGGUAUUCCCGUCCAGCCAUCCUUGGAAAGCUUCCUCAGUGGAUCCGAAGCAGUACGCAGGUCAAACCAAACUUCGGCGCAGCAUUUGCAACAAUAAGAAAGUUUUUCCAGCAAAAGAAAAGCGAUUCUGUUUCAAGCUCCUGAGCAGCUGAUUCCUCUCUUGUGUACAGAUUUAUGUUUCUAUUUAUUAAAAGAAAUGGUUUGUA